AAGGCGGAAGCGGCGGCGGCAUGGGGCGGAGCGGGGCCGCCCUGCGGCUGGCCCUGGAGGGGAACAUCGCCGUGGGGAAAUCGACCUUCCUGAAGCUGCUGGCUGCCACCUUCCCGCGGUGGCACCUGGUGACAGAGCCGGUGGCGCAGUGGCGCAAGGUGCAGCCGGCCGCUGGCACUGCCCAGGAGCCCCAGGGCUGUGCCAACCUGCUGCAGCUGAUGUACCAGGAGCCCGCCCGCUGGUCCUACACCUUCCAGACCCUGUCGUGCCUGAGCCGCCUCAAGGCCGCGCUGGAGCCCCCCGAGGAGGCCGGGGGCACCCCCGGGACCCCCCCGGCCGUGCGGGUCUUUGAGCGCUCGGUGUUCAGUGACAGGUACGUGUUUGCCAAGAGCCUGUUCGAGGCCGGGCACCUGCAGCCGCUGGAGUGGGCGAUCUACCAGGACUGGCACCAGCUCCUGCUGCGGCACCUGGGGCCCCGCGCCGCCCCCCACGCCUUCCUGUACCUGCGCGCCAGCCCCCAGACGUGCCUGGAGCGGCUGCGGCGGCGGGCGAGGAGCGAGGAGGGCGGGAUCCAGCUGGGCUACCUGCAGCAGCUGCACGGCCAGCACGAGCUCUGGCUGGUGGCCAGGGCCACCGAGAUCCAUUUUCCAGCAGCACGGAGCGCGCCCGUCCUGGUGCUGGACGUGGAGCAGGACUUUGAGCACGACGUGGCCAGGCAGGGCCUGCUCAUGGCACAGGUGGAGGCCUUUGUGACAUCCCUGGGUGCCCACCCUGUGCCAGCCCAUCCCGAGCCCCUGGGCUCCGAGCAAGGGGCAGCAUCUGCCUGAAGACCCCGAGGACAAGGGACACGUCCCUGAGGACAGGGGACAUGGCCCUGAGGACAAGGGACACGGCCCUGAGGACAGGGGACACGGUCCCAAGGACAGGGGACACGGUCCCCAUGACCAGGGACACAAUUCCAAGGAGAAGGGACAUGAUCCUGAGGACAGGGGACACAAUCCCAAGGACAGGGGACACAGUCCCAAAGACAGGGGGACACAGACCUGAGAAGGGACACGAUCCCAAGGACCAGGGACACAAUCCAGAGGACAAAGGACACGAUGCUCAGGGCCAGGGACACAAUUCCAAGGAGAAGGGACACGAUCCUGAGGACAGGGGACACGUCCUGGUCCCCACUGUCCCCCAGCCCCUCUGUCCUGGCCGGGGCUGGAUCCUCAGAGCCGUGUGGGGUUUUGGGCUCAGGGGGUCCCCAGGUCCUUGCUGUGACCCCUGCCCGUCUUUGGGGUGGAUUUUCUGCUGGAAUUCCGAUUUUCCCGAGGAAAAUCCCGGUGUUUGACCCAACCCCCAUCACUUGUUAAUUUAUAUUUCAUUUUUUUUCCCUUAAAUUAAGAUCAGAUCGC